CAGGCUGGUGAUCCAAACGAAGACAGUGUUAGUGAACCCACAUUAACAGGACCUGACCAUGAGUUAGUGGUUGAUACUACUUCACCUUCAGAAGAGGUCAAGGAACGAGCUGUAAAUUUGAUAAAGUAUAUGAAAGGUGAUGAUGUUAAGCCUGAAGAAUCAGUUGUGAGUAUUGAACUGUGGGAUUUUGCAGGACAACAUCUGUAUUAUGCAUCCCAUCCUGUAUUUUUAUCAUCACGUGCGCUGUACAUCCUGGUGUGCAACCUCAGCAAGUCACUGCAUGACACAGCCAAGCCCUGUGUGAGGCAAGGGUCUCGUAAUGUUGAGUUGGAAAACCCAAAUGGAGAAACAAAUCUUGAGAACUUGUUGUCUUGGCUGUCCACAGUGCAUAGCGUCGCACAGAUGAGAAGAGAAACCUGUGAUUCUGUACAAGAAGAGGUGCCUCAUCAUUUGCGCCCCCCAGUAAUCAUUGUAGGAACCCAUGCAGACAAACCAUUUGAAGACAUUGCAACAAUGAAAACAGAAAUCCAGAACGCAAUUGCUGGUAAGGACUAUGAAGGACAUGUGGUGCGGCCUAUCUUUAGCAUUGACAACACUGCAAAAUUAACUCAAAGAAAGAUCAAGACAAUGGUUUUCGGGAAAGACGAAAACAUUGAGGAGAUCGAAGCUCUACAAGGAAAAAUCAUGGAAGUGCUAAGACAGGAGCCUUACAUUGGGGAGAGGAUACCUGUGAGGUAAAUAAUGGUUAUACAAGAACAGAAUCCAUUAAAGUAAAUUUUAAAUAAUUUCCAUGUCAAAAGUUGAGCUGUGAACGCACUGAGAUUACUGUUUAUGUGUAUGGCGUUUUCUUCCGCCAUUCCUUAGAAGAUUUUUCUUUGAUAUGUAAUGUGUCUCAGGUGUCAUUAGUAACUCAUUGACUGUGACGCUACCUCGUUGAUUGAAACAAGUUAACCAUGAAAAGUAGUUUUGACUGGCCUUAAGGAAUAUUAUGUCCCGAAGGGUUUCAUAAUCUUAUUUCGAAUUGGUCCAAAAGCACUUUGUACAUUUCAUGCUCGUUUUAAAAAGGUAAAGUAAUCACUCUGUAGUAAACUGCAUAACUGCACAGGGUGACCAUUUAAGAACAUGCUCAGCUGUAUUAGUUAAACUUAUUUAAGCUUAUAUUUAUUUCAUUUCAAGUUUAGAAAGACCAUCAAUACUAACUAAUAAAAAAAUCUUCACGGCUUUUCACAUGUCAGCAGUCAUGUUUUGGAACGUGUGUAUGCUUCUGGCCCCGGUUGUUCAAACGAUGAAUCACUAUUAAGCUGGAAAAUAUCAGUAAACCUAAUGGCACUUUACACUGGAUUUUGGACAUACUUAUCCAGUGAAAAGAUUUAUCCACCUUUCGCACAACUGGGCCCUGUACUUUAAUCAGUACAGGUAUACUGUGUAUUUGUGACAUGGAUACUUGAAAGCUAGCUAUCAAUUUUCUCUUUGGUUUUGUAAACUAGCUGGCUGAACUUUGAGAGAGUCAUCAACGCUUUGCUAUCCAAGCCAGUUUAUUACCUGAGUAUAAAGAAGCUACGGACCCAUGCCAAGGAGAAGUGCUUCAUCCAUGAUGAGAAAGAGUUUACCACCAUGGUGAAUUUCUAUCAUGACCUGGGGGUAAUUAUCAAGCACCGUAGCCCAGUCAUCUUGAGUACCCAGUGGCUGAUAAACUUGUUCGGGCAGCUGAUCACUAUUCCAGAUUUUGAGGAAAUGGUAAGAAAUGGAUUUUAAACGUGUUUUAAAACUUGCGAAGUUUAUAGUAGUCCACAUUUUGGAUGACAUCACAGGUUUCCAACCGUACUGUAGCUAAUAAAAAUAAUUAUAUCAAGUGCAUUGCCCGCUAUCUUUUUAAAAAAUGUUAACUGUUCCUCAAGUAUUUGUAAACAGCAAAAUCGUAGUGGAUUGGGCUGCUAUUUAAUAUUCUCCCAGUGUAAAACAGUUAGGGUAGGCGAUGUAAUUCUGAAAUGAAACCUUAUAACAAGCCUAUAACAACUGAAUUAGUACUGACGCCUGGUCAGCAGUCGUCCCUGUAAUCAACCCGCUAUACUGACGUCACUAAGAGUAAACAUUACAAUGAAACAUUUUCACUGCACUUUCUUAUUUGAACGUUGUAACAUCCCAAGAGGAUUCUUGUUUCAAUUUCGAAGGACAUCAGGUGACGUCACGAGGUACCCGCGAACAUUAAGAGGAGCUUAUAACCAAUUUACCUGCAAUUUACCUUUUAUGUAGGCUCAAAGGAAUCGGACGACCAAUCAGAGUGAAAAAACAUAUUGUAUAUAGAAAGGAAACCUGACUUUUCUCCGCCCUAACUGAUGCACGCGAGGAGUGUCCCCACACAAAAACGGAAAACUCUAGAUCUUUUUCUUUGUUUGUUAAUUAAAAUUUUAAAUAAAAUAACCAACAAUUUACAAGUGCAUUAAUUAACUGGCUCAAAAUUCUCCCAAAAUAUCUCCGUCUUAGGUUCCUACGGUUGCCAAGCACUGGAAGGAAGUAAAAGAAAGCGGUGUUCUCUCCAUGGAACUGGUUGAUGUUGUGUUUUCCAACUUUCUCCUGAAGGGUGUUGCCAGGAAAGACAUUCUUGAUUUGAUGGAACUAUUUGGAUUGAUUGCAAAAUUUUCAUCUUUAAAGACAGGUGAAAAGUAUUUUGUUCCAUCUCAACUCAAAGCUUCGCCUGAUUCCCUUUGUUCCAUGGCGCCCACAAGGCUGGACCCUUGUCCCCUGUUUGUUUACUUUGUCAGCGGUUCUGUUCCCCAUGGUCUGUUCACUCGGCUUGUUUCUCGCUCUGUCCGUUGGUGUUCUGAAGCUGGUCCAACUCAGCCCCCUACCCUGUUCCUAAAUGUAGCGUGGUUUGUUAUUGGGAAGCAAACUUCUCAUGAUUUUGUUCUUAUUUGUAAGAAGCCGUUUAUUAAGUUUUUUAUCAAGCAAAGAAACCAACCUCAGCAGAUCUCAGUAGAUGGCACAAGUGAGGUGGCGGUGCAGGUUCGUGAGUUUGUGGAGGCAACUUUGCAAGGUUUGUCACGUGAUCUCUAUAAAGGUGGAUUGCAGUAUCAAAUUCGGGUCGCCUGUCCGUAUUGUCAGUGGGAAAAAUGCUCAAGCCAUAGUAAGAUGGUAUGUUCUCAUGAAGAUUGUCUUCACCUCCUUGAGUUACGACAAGGCGAUCCUCUGAUUUGCAAGAAGAAACCUGCAGAGGAGGUACUCACGGUUACAGGACAAGAACAGUGGUUCUCACAAAUAGAAAGUAAGGUAGGUAGUAGUGAAAUACAAUCUCCAGCAGUGCUGGUAGCAUAUUACAUAUAAAUCGAUUACACAUACUACUUAAAAUUGUGUCUUUAUAAAGAUUAGCCACAGUGACUGUAGCCAUAUAUUUAAACUAAAGAGGCUUCAACAAAGUCCAUGGAUGUGCUUUGUUAUAAGGUUAUAGUAUGAGGUUUAACUUAUGCCUUUAUUUAUCCUACCACGAGCUCCACUGGAGUGUAAGACAAGACUUUGUUGCUAUCAACUUAGCGAACAUUGGUGCUUAAAGUCAAGUAAGUUGAUAAGGUCAAUUGGCUACCAUGUGUUAAUAAUUGUUGCAGUUUGUAUAUAACUUUUUCUCAAGGUCUUUGUAAAUGUGCUGUUUUGCUUUGCGGGUGGGCAAUACGUUUGUAUUAUGUUGAUAAAAUGUUUCGCAAACUUUGAUUCAAAAAGGUAGAAGCCCUCAGAUAUAAAAUUUCUAUUUUAAAGUAUCCAAUUUUGGUUGCUUUGCAGGAAGCGUGUACUCCAUCAUCAUCACCUGAUACUGCACAGACUCAUCCAGAGCGUCUGGUACUGAAAGUUACCCUUCUCGCCAAUGAGUGGGGCUCGUCCAAGGGUGGCUUGUCAACAAUAAACCGGACUCUUGCUGUUGCGAAGACAACAAACGAUAUCUCGUCGGUUAAAUAAACUCACGGUUUUAAUUUUACGGCUCCUAAAACUUACAUGUUCUGAUAACAACUCAUGACAACUACAAAAACCCGACCGCGUGUGAAUUACAAAAUCAGAGUAACUGUCAAUCAAAAAAAUGAAAUCUGAUCACUAAAAACUCACGCGUGCGAUUGCGUGACGCGAGACUCGAAAUGUCUUUUGUCCAUUUCCCCCUCCCCACACUGGGAGGUAAGGAUCAGUGUGAUUGUUCGAUAAAAGAUUGAAACAGAAAACUAUAACAACGAGAAAUGUUCAGUGUUCUAACUUUCGUGCAAGGGCACCAGUUUAUGAAUUGGUCUAACGAUGGUGCUUGCGCCACAUUGGAUCUUAGCGACUCUGAUGUGGCCAUCCCUUCCUGUAUAAGUUUCGAUGAUGCGUCCUAGAGGCCAUCGUCCUCUUGGCAGUUUAGAAUCCAGGACGAGAACAACAUCAUCCACCUUCAGAUCCUUGACCACUUCGGUCCACUUUGGCCUUCUGCUUAACAAAGGAAGGUACUCUUGUAGCCACCUCCUCCAGACUUGGGAAAUUAUCUCCUGGACCUUUCGCCAACGUUUUCGUGGACUGAACUCGGUGGUAUCAACGGUUUCAGGUGCGAAUUGACCGCCCAACUGUCCAUGUAAGAAGUGGUUUGGAGUCAGCGGUACAAUGUCCUGGGGGUUGGCUGACUGGUAGGUGAGCGGUCGUGCAUUGAGCAGUCCUUCCACUCCAGUCACUGCGGUAAUUAACUCUUCAUCAGUUACGUCACUCGUUCCGAUUACUCCGUAAAUAGCUUUCUUGGCCGACUUUAUCAUGGCCUCGUGAAUGCCACCAAAGUGUGGUGCCCCGGGGGGGUUGAAUCUCCAUGUUACACCUCGAUUGGCUGUGCUUUGCUGAAUCUUGUCCUGGUCCAGCUUACUGAUCAGUUCUUUUAGUUCGUUGACGGCUCCAACAAAAUUGGUCCCACAGUCGCUUAUCAUUUCCUUUGGCGCUCCCCGUCUGCUUGUAAAGCGUGUAAAGGCAUUCAGAAAACUGUCGGUGUCCAAACCAAAAGCCACCUCAAAUGGACCGCACGGGUUGACAGACAAGUAAACAAACACAGCCACCUCUUCUGUCGGCGCACACCUCGUCCUUGUACGGUUGUAAAGGGGCCAGCAUAGUCAACGGCUGUUUGGUCAAAGGGACGGAAGGUAAAGCGAAGACGGAUCCCUGGAAUCGGUGCCAUGAUCUGUGUAGCGGUCUUGCUCUGCAUUCGUUUGCACAUGUUGCACUCUCGCUCCCACUCUCGGAUCUCUUCCCGGGCUGCAAUGAUCCAAAACUUCUGGUUGAUUUGGGACAAGACAAAGUUGGUUCCUGCUGUAUGGUUAGCCUGUUCAUGAUAAUGCUUGACAAUGAGCUUCGUGACACAAUGUCCUCGAGGCAGUAUCAUUGGAAAUCGCACAUCGUAAGGCAGGUACUCUGCGAACUGGAGUCUUCCAUUUGAACGGAUACAGCCUUCUUCAUCUAACACAGGAUUCAACUUCAUUAGUCGGCUCUUGGUCAGUAUUGGUCUCCCGGUCACUAGAGCUUUGUAUUCGUCAGGGAAUGCUUCGCGCUGACAGGAUUGCACCACCUCUGCCUCAGCUUCUCUUAUUUCACACGGUGACAAUGCUUUGCUGGUCUGUCGCGGACCCCUCUUCGACAUGUUGUGGAGCGCCCUCCUUACUCUAGCAUGUAGGUUCACCAGUCGGCUCCAACUUGAGAAGCGUUUCGGGUUCAAUCUCCAGACUGGAACACUGCCACCCUGACUUGGCUUGUCCCUCUGAGCUUGGUUUUCUUGCACUGUCACGAGGGUGGUAGAACCCUGUUGCUGUUUUGUUGUCGACUUCAUUUCGGGCAUCACUUUCGGGCUUUCGGCUAACUCCAUCUUGGGCCACUCACUUUUCUCCUUCAUCAGCCAUUCCGGGCCAUUCCACCAUAGUUCGGAUUUAGCAAGCUCAGCUGGGCUCGUUCCUCGGGAACACAGGUCUGCAGGAUUUUUGUCGGUGGAGACAUGUUGCCACUGUACCGGUUCAGUACUAAUCUGUAUCUCUCCAAUACGGUUUGCCACAAAGGGUCGAAAGUCUCGGCCUCUUCCACGAAUCCACCAUAGCACGUCUGUACUGUCGGAAAAUAACGACGCUGCUUUCACGGGUAGUUCCAGGACUCUGGACACGGACUGGGUUAACCUUAAAACCACUAUGGCUCCCAUUAAUUCCAGCCUUGGCACGGUCAUGGGGGUAAGCGGGGCAACCUUACUCUUAGAAGCUAUCAGCUGUGCGGACACGGUACCAUCUUCAUACUCGCAGCGUAAGUAGGAGGCAGCUCCAUAGGCCUGUGUUGAGGCAUCAACAAAGGUCACCACCUCCUUCGACUUGACUGGUUGCUGGUUUUGCAGACACCGUGGAAUCUUGACCUUUUCUAGGCAUGACAGCUGUGAGAACCAGACCUGAAGACGAUUAGCCACUUCGUCCUGAACCUCCUCAUCCCAGUCAUAGCCACGGUUCCACAGUUCUUGGAGCAUAAUCUUCGCUUGUACGACGAAAGGGCUUAUCAGGCCAAGCGGGUCAAAAACAGUUGCAAUUUUCUUCAAAACACUCCUCUUAGUAAUUGGGUAGCCCUCGGUCACGGGUGUUGCAGGCACGGCCAAUAAAUCAUCGGUGCUGUUCCACUGUAAGCCAAGCGUUGUCGUUACUGUAUCCUUACUGUCUUUUAUGUCCACUUCUGUGGCUCGGUCCUCCUCGGGUAUGGCUGCCAUCACCGUUGCUGAAUUCGACACCCAUUUUCGGGCGUGCAUGCCUGCUUUUGCCCACAAUGCAUUAAGCUGGUGAUACAGGUCGACUCCUUUCUCGUCCUCCUCAACACUGUCUAACGAAUCAUCCAUGUAGGUGGACUGAAGGACAGUUUCUGCAGCUAAUGGGAACUCGGUUUGGUGCCGCCUGGCAUUCUCCUGGGCGAUGAAUUGGGCUUCGAAGGGAGCUGAGUUCUUCCCGAAAACAACUCUAGAGAAUUCAUACACAUCUGGGUUGCGGCCUGUUUCUCCGUCUCGCCACAGGAUUCGAAACAACGGUCGGUCUUCAGACUCAAUUUCUAUUUGGAGGUACAUCUCUUGAAUGUCACAGACAAGGGCAACCGGGUUACGGCGGAAGCGGAUCAGAACAUCAAAGAGUUCUCUCUGAAGUUUCGGCCCAGCAUGAAUGACAUCAUUAAGAGCGAUUCCUUUGUAUUUGGCGGAACAGUCAAAGACUAUCCUUACUUUGGUUGUAGACUUGCUCAUCCUAACAAUCGGAAAGUGUGGUAGGUACCAAUCUUCAGGGGGGGGUGCUUCAUUUUCUGGGACUUUACGCAGGUACCCCUUCUCCACAUAAAUCUCGAUGGUCUUCUUAUACUCUCUCUCAACAAAUUCUCUCUUUUUUAGGUUUUUCUCUGUGCUGAGAAGACGGGAUUCUGCCAUCUGACGAUUAUCGGGAAGUUGAGGCCUCUGUCCUUUCCACGGCACAGCAACACUGUAUCUCUCACCGUUGUAGCAGACUGAGCUGCUAACCCUUUCUAAGGCCAAUCUCUCUUCUGCAGUACACACGACUCGGUCAUUUAGCUCAGUUCCAUAACUCUCGAUCUCCCAAAACCUCCUAAGCGUUCCAUCUAAAUCACAACAACCACCUGCUACACUAACCGGCCCUACAUCCCUUGUAAACAGUGUUCGAAUUGUAUGCGUUCUUGUUCCAGUCUCCGCUCUACCAUCUGGAGGUCCGAUACAAGUCCACCCAAGCGGACCCAAGCGCGCCACCGGUUCACCCACCUUUCCACGUACAUCAGCAAACGAGUAAUGCAAGUCAGCAUUAUCAACACCGAUCAACAAAUCUACCAAGCCGUCUUUUGCUGGUGACGCGAAGUCGCACUGUGCAAGGUGAGGCCACUUGCCUUUAUUCGCAUUCCAAUUCUCCACUUGGUAAUUUCCAGUGACAUUGCGGGGACAGGUCUUAACUUCAAUUUCCUUUGUAAACUGACCAUUAACACUUUCGAUCUCUACUUUUAACGGCAUAGUCUGAAACGUCUCUACAGAAUUGUUCAAUACAUGAACUUUCACGGUUUGAUAAGACUCCUUUAGUCCAAGGGCUCCGGCCACUUCUUCGUUCAAGAAUGUCUCGUUUGAGGCAUCAUCUAGGAUUGCAUUCACUUUAAGCUUUUUUCCUUGUGCCUUCACCCACACGGGGACGGUACGCAGUGAGUAGGCUUUUUUUGGGCUUCUCGGGUUGUGAGUAGUCAUCGCUCGCGAGGCACGACUGUCCUCACCCUCGGGUGAUAAAACGGGGCCGACUGCCCCUCCCAUGGAGUAAAUGACGGGUAGCUGUUAGAGCUGAUCACUGGUUGAGCAGUCCCCAUGGGUGGGUUCGUGGCAGGCGGAUUCUCAUGCAAGAGACGGUGGUGAUUUCCCCGGCAACCGUUGAUUUGGCAGGUUUGUGACUUCGUACAGAACUUUCCCUGGUGAUCAUCACCUAAACACCGGAAACACAAUCGUUUUUCUUUAGCCAGUGUCCAUUUGUCAUCGUAACUUUUCUGUUGGAAAACCAAGCAGGCCCAUACUCCAUGAUUCGGGGAACCACAGCACGGACACGGCGGUUUUCGGGUAGGCUGGCCUGAGCCUGGUGGUCUCCUGGCGAAAUCUGAUCUGACGAAAAUUUCUGGGCCUGUUUCGAUUGUUUGAUUUCGAUUUGAAUGUUGCCAUCCAUCAGAUUUCUCUGUAACCGAUAAGCCAUGCGCCAUCUCCUUAGCUUCAACGCGGAUGUGUACUUCUUCCUUAAGCCAAUCCCUCAAACUUACAACAGAUCGCUCCCGGCUCUGUUUCUGUAGCCAACGGCUGUACCCUUGUACUUGAACUUCAGCGAGCUUCUUCACUAACAGGCUAUGAAGUGUUCCUUCUCCAAGCUCUCCAUCGCGCCCCUCGGCCCUAAGCUUAACCACAGUAAUACGUAUUAAAUCUGCAAACUUUUCAAAUCCUUGAAUGUCGUUGUUUCCCAUUUUGGGCAUUUUUUCCAGCUGGUCCAUGUAGGCCUGCAGUUGCCGCCGCUGACCGCCGAACUUGGCUAUCAAGAUUUCCUUUGCCUCUUCAUAUUCUGGUUCUGACACCCCAAGCCCUCGAAUCGCUUCCAGCGCGCUGCCGGACAAGCUCUGCCUCAAUCUCGCCAUUUUUAGGUUGACUGAUUCUUUGGACUGGUCCACCAGACUUUCAAACAAGCCCCAAAACUCCUCAAAUUUCGUCUUGUCUCCACCAUACGUCGGUACUUUCAAUGGCUUCAGGCGAUGAUUCGCGGAAUGACUGAUUUGCGGGCUUUCAGGAACGUUUAUUUCUCCUUGACUGCUGUGCGAAUUUUGGGAAGGCGUUGGAGGCAAAACUGGGUUGAGCGAACCCUGCAAAACGAUCGGCGGACUUGAAUGAGCGACAAAUUCACUGUGCGAAGCAGUCGCGACAGAAAUUUGAGCGUGUGAUUUCACGGCCUCGUGUGCCUUUUCAAUUGCGGUUUGAAUUUCCGAUUCCAGCGUUUUUCCUUCUUCCAUAGACGCCUGUUUAUUUGCUUCCUCUCCAUUUUUCAAAUAAACAACACACAGUUCAUCCAGUAUUUCCAGUGUGCUUUCCAGAAGCGACCAAAGUUGCUCAAUAUCUUUCUCAAUAGCGCCUACGUCCUUCGGCGAAUCCUUCGGCGUGAUGCAAAGCUUCUCCAUGUGAUGGCGAGUUUUUGUCAUCUCGGUUUUUCGUAGUCUCUUUUGUUUUUUCAGAUCCAAUAACACUUUUUCUCUUUCCAGUUUCUCUUCAUCGUCCUUGUUUUCGGUCUGUUCGGUUCCCGGACCAUUUUCACCGCCAGUUUCUUCUGCAUCGGCAUUCAUCUUGAGCGGCGAAAUCACAAAUCAAAAAUUCAAGCUUACCACAGUGCUUGCGUACGGUGAAUGAAUCUCCCGGUAACUCUUCAAAACGGUCUCUCGGUUUGUCCCUUCGUGGUCGCCAAAAAAUGUUGCGAAGACAACAAACGAUAUCUCGUCGGUUAAAUAAACUCACGGUUUUAAUUUUACGGCUCCUAAAACUUACAUGUUCUGAUAACAACUCAUGACAACUACAAAAACCCGACCGCGUGUGAAUUACAAAAUCAGAGUAACUGUCAAUCAAAAAAAUGAAAUCUGAUCACUAAAAACUCACGCGUGCGAUUGCGUGACGCGAGACUCGAAAUGUCUUUUGUCCACUUGCCAUACAUUUGGCAAAAGACCCACACGUAGAAGUGACCAUUCUUGUACCUGAAUUUGAGUGUGGAGAGAAAGACAAGAGAGCGGCCAAAAGUCACAAAAUUUCCAUCAGGGAAGCAGGGCAUCUACCUGGCUUUAGUGACCCUCUUGACUGGUUGAGCUAUCCACCAGAAGACCUUGACAUUCAGGUCGUGAUCGGCCAUGGAGCAAAACUUGGUAGACAAGCCCAAAUUAUAAGGAGGUAUCAUUGCUGCAAGUGGUUUCAGGUUGUGCAUACUGAGCCUGAAGAACUGGCAAUGCAUAAGAACUAUCUAAGCGCCAUUUCCAAGGGAGAGGAGAAAAACAGAGCUGAAGUUGACCUUUGUCAAAUUGCAGAUCUCGUUGUAGCCGUUGGACCCAAGUUGAAAGACGCGAUCUCGUCCCAGUUGCGCUCAUCUCGUCGAGAAAUCUUUCAAUUAAUACCAGGUUCCUUUACAGAGUUUUCAGAUGUUGAGCAUGCUGAACAAGAGAAUGUGAGUUUCAAAGUGUUAACCUUCGGUCGUGGUGAUUUUGAAGACUUUAGUCUUAAAGGUUACGACAUUGCUGCUCAAUCCAUAGUGGAAUUGCAGGACAGUUCCUAUAGUCUUGUUUUCGUUGGUGCAUCCGAUGGAAGGCAGGAUGAAGUCGCAGAAAUCUUACUCCAGAGUGGCAUUUCAAAGAACCAGCUGAUUGUGAGAUCAUUUGUGAAAGACAAACAGAGAUUGAGAGAAUUGUUUUGUGAAGCCGAUCUGGCCAUCAUGCCAUCAAGAACUGAGGGGUUUGGUUUGACAGCAUUGGAGGCCAUGUCAGCUGGGCUUCCCAUUCUAGUAAGUGGAAACUCUGGAUUUGGAAAAGCACUGAGUGGUCUUCCAAAGGGUAAGUCAUUCGUGAUCGAGUCUGAUGACCCCAAGGAAUGGGCAAAAGCAAUUGCAGCCAUUCGUCAAAAAUCGAGGACACAGCGGCUUGAGGAAAUCCAAAGACUGCGAAGAAGUUAUGAUGAAAGAUUCUCUUGGAAGAGACAGUGCCAGGCCCUUGUCGCCAGAAUGUGGAAGAUGGUCUAUGGUAAGAAGUUAACUUUGCCUAAAGGAGAGUAAUGAUAAUAGUAAUUAUUAUUCAUUCAAAAUAUUUCUCCGUUUUUUAUUGGCUAAAAGCACAUGCAUAAUUCAUCAUAAACAGCUACUGUUGACCAAAUUUGUCAUUUUGAACAAAUGACGUCAAAAGUGCAGCCAAAAUUGAAGAUUACUGAACCGUUAACCGAGAAAACCUGGGGACGAGGUUGAGUUGUUUUGGUGGUGACAACAAAAUAGCACACACAGUCGGCGAAACAUUUUACUUGUUUCACGGCGAAAUAUUGUCAAAAUCAUAGCAAGAAGAGAAAGAAGACAACUCGACGGACAACAUCCGCUGUUUGGAGUAUAUUUGCAGGCCAGAACAGACUAAUAUCUCCUCAAUUUCUCGAUAAAGAUGCACUAUCGAUAUAAAAUUAACAUCGACCGAGGGAAGGAAGUUUCAGCUUUCUUUUAAACUUGGAAUUAUUACCGGAGGGUGGAUAACACCCUCCUCGAUCUGCAGAAUUCUUCAUAUCCUACGAAAGCCGAAUUCAAUAAUUGCUAAUUAUUAUUUCAAACACGGUGAAAAUGUCAAGAGCGUGUCUCAUAUCAGGAUUAGCCUUUGUUUUGCUUUUAUGAUUCAUCCCUGUAUUUUAUUUGCUUCGGCAAGAGCAAGUGCGUAAGCAAAUUUAAUGGUAUUAUGUUUGGCGGUGCAUGUAAAUAGCUGCAGAAAGAUUGCCAACAUUAACCUUUUAAACCUCAAUAACAGCAUUCAUAUUCUCCACACUGUUAUCCAUACAUAUCUUGUGUUACUGAUAAGGAGAAUUUGUUUAACAAUCAAGAUUUAAAGAAGAAAAAUGACAGAGAACCGCCAUGCUAAAACUUUGGCUUAUGAUAUAUCACACAAAAUAAAUGGAGGGCUUCUCAGAUUGGAAUCGUUUAUUUUUUAUUCAAGGUUUUUUUUUCUUCUUAAAUUUUACAGGUGUUGAAAAGACCCAAGCAGAUACCGUUCCACAGAAUGACUUUGAAAACGAUGCGGCAAAAGGAUCGAUAACUGGUGAUGUGGUUCUUUGAUUUCUCAAAUAAACCAGAGCCAAAAUUUAUUUUUGUAGUAGAGUGGGGUUAUUUUGUUCUCUUGAAACCAGGACAAAUUUAUAUUUUCGGCUGUUUUUACCUAAAGACCAGUUCAUCAUGUCCUAUUAAACUGACGUUUCCCUCUGCCGUUUACAGGCGAAGCAAUUUUCCUUGCACUUCAACAAAUCCUCCUGGAAGCACGCACAGAGUCCAGCAAAACUGAGCUGUCGCAGGCUUUAAAGAGGACUGCGUUGGAGAAAGGUUUUGCGAUAUCUGACAAUCAAGGAGAGGGAAACUGCAUGUUUUUUGCACUUUCGGAGCAGCUUGAACGCAUCAAAGGAAUUCAAAUGUCCCAUGAGGAGUUACGCCGAACUAUUGUUCAACAUCUUCGGGAAAACCCCAGGCUGGUAAGUACCUUUGGUUAUUGUUUUUCUACGGUGGAUUUAUUUGCAAUAUAUCCGAAAGCCGUCGCAUUUUCCCGCUGAAAUUUUUUUAUUGUUUUUAAGGUUAAAAGCAAUAAGGUCUUGUUCUGACGUAUCCGAAAUACGCGUCCACACGUAGCGUAUUUGAAUUUUUUGCGCCUGUUCACAUAAAUACGCUGAAAUGAUUGACAUUCGAUGACAUCCCUUACAGAGCAAACUCAGUGAUACUAGCAUAUAAUGCAUAACGUCAUUGUAUUAGAAAACCUCUGUUUUCUUCCUUCCAUACGCAAACGAGAAUUCGGCGUUUUCAAAAGUCCACUCUGGGGACCGCUUUCUGGGGACCUGUUUUUUUGGUGCCCUUCCAUACGUAAACGAGAAUUCGGCGUUUUCAAAAGUCCACUCUGGGGACCGCUUUCUGGGGACCUGUUUUUUUGGUGCCCGAAAAGGCCGUUUUCUUGUGGACGGAAGGCUAAAAAUGCCCUGAUACGUGUGGACGGGGCCUUAAAUUCUUGCAGCCAAAUGCUACGGCUUUACAGGUAUGAUGCAAAUGAAUCCACCCUUUAUGAGCAAAACAUCAGCUCUGCACAUGGAUUAUUAUCCAUGGCUCUGCACGAGCAUCACGCUUAUUUGUAUUUUGCUUCGUCUUCCGCUGCACGACUUGAAACUUCCUAAUGCGACGUUUUGUGGAGGACCUCGAAAGCAUGGCGACGAAAUGUUGUUAUUGGAUCCAGAUGCUGCCCUCAGAAUUCAAAUCCAGGAAAUUUCUUCUACUUUUUUUAAUUUGAAAAACGUUACAUAAGCGCCAUAAAGGUUUAAAAUAAAGCAAAUUCAUUUCCUUUAAUCACGUUUUUGACUCGGAGGCGUAAAUGAAAACAGAUUUUAGGAAAUCUGUUUCUGUCGCCUCGAUCGUCUGACUCAUGUUCUAAUUUUUUUAUAAGUAAUAUAUAGAUUUAGCCAGGGCUAAAAGCGAAGCUCCCAUUAAUAGAUUUAUAAUUUAAAGCAAACAAUAAACUUGUAAUCCACAAAUCAGUUAACUUUAAGGGAAAGCUAAGGCUAAGUGAUUUUAGAGUGAAAAAAAAAAUCUUACAUCGAAUUGAUAGCCGUAUAUAUACACCCAAAAAAUAGCAAUUAUCUUCGAUCACAUUUUAGACCCAUAAUGGCUCUUGAUCACUGUAGAUUAGGCCUGGAAAACGAAUUUUUGGAAAACAAAUCAGGCCGAAUUUUUUGCGUUCGACAAGUUUACUUAACAAAAUCUUGCCAACAACUCUGGGAGCGUGUAAACCAACAUUUCAUACUUUUUAUACAUCACAUCUGAAACAGUAAUAUGAGGCGUUGUUUUUAUCAUAUAGACCUCACACAAAAUGCAGUAUUUCACAAUUUUUCAAGACAAAUUGGACUCAUUCAAUCUUCAGAACCGUACGAAGCACGCGUGGGCUUUUAGCAAAACCGUUCCAAAAAUUUCCAAAAUCACCUAUACGGCCAGCCGGUUCUCACUUUUGACAAGCGCCAAAUUUUCAGUGAACAUUAAAAGAGUUACGCGCUUCAACAUAAUAAAGAAUUUAUUGUGUUUAUUUUUUUUAUUAAAUGGUUUUAUAACGAUGUGUAAUCUUAAAAAGCGUUUGAUACGAGCAGCAUUUUGAGUACUCCUGCAAGCGUUGUUUAUGAACGACUGAAAACAAACGGCAAAGCGAUUAAAAUUGUACGAGACUACUAACAAUCAAUAAAAGAAAUGUAAUUCGGUGAAACAUUUACAGAGUCAACAAUUUUCAUUCACGGAGACAAGUAUUAAAGCGUCUCUAAAAAUCCUUAAAGCUUUUAGCCGGCUUCCUGGUGUUUACUGUUUUCAAAGAUGAACUCGAGGCAAGAAAAUCGCUCAAAGCUUUCUUUCUACAGCCAAAAUUACAACUAAAUACUCUUCGGAACGUUUUUUCGUUCUAUAUGCGGAGAGAAAAUAUCGACUAAAGGCUUUUUAAAGUUCUGUAAGCUUAUAUAUAGUAGAUCAGAUCAUUGUCUCAGGUCUUUAUACAAACGUGCAUAAAUUAGCCUCAUUAGCUGCGCUCGACUUCAUGAAAUUAGAUAUAAAAAAACAAACAUACACUGUAUACAAUAAUUACUUAGGCUUACCAUUCGAGAUGCAGCUCUUGAAAGCUAUAAAGUAAGGCCAGAAUCGCUUGAGGGACUUUUCAACCCGCAUCCAGCAAGGUAAAAACGAAAGCGAUGCAUCCGAAAUCGGAUUUCCAACUUUGGCAACCGGCGCAUUUCCCGACCAAAAAUUCAAUAAACAAACCAGCCAUGAAUCAAAGAAGACUGUUGAUACCAGCUGUAUUUCAUUUUAAGCAUCCAGUGGAAAAAGACAGUAAAAAACAUUACAAGUUGACAAAAUACUCUGUCAGCUUCAGCUGUCAAACUGAAAGUAAACAAGGUUGAAGAUGCUGUAUAAAUCAGUUUCUGCAUGAACUCACCUGUCAAAUUUUGACCAAUCAGAGCAUAAAAAUUGGACGGUCGUAGAGCGUGAUCAACGCGUGACUAUGGUGAGAAAAGUGAAAAGCCUCUGUCUUCCCUGCUUGUAUUUUUAAAUUACUGGCUGAAUUUUCGAGUCCGAGAUCAGUUUGAAAUCAAAAUGUUAAUAGCGCGGGGCCAUAGUGACAUUAACACAACACUUUCUGUCAUCAUGUCAUUAUUUUGCUGCCGUUCUCUUUGCCUUUGUAUUUCUCUUUCGCGUUGCCUUUGUCUGUUCAUUCUAGCUCUGUCUCGUUCUGCUUGCCGGCGUUUUUCACUAUAAUUUUCUCUCCUUCUUCUCGCUCUGACUCUUUCUACUUGCUUUCUUUUUUUCAAAACCAGUUGCGUGAUAUAAUUGCGCGACGUUAACGCGUUGCGCCAUGCGAUUUCCCGCCAAAAAAUCUCUACUUUCCCCUACCCCAAGAGUCCAUGCGGACUACUUUCCACUACCCGGAAAGUCCGUACGGACGGAUGUACGCUACGUCAUAACCAAAUUUUCUGAGAUGGAUAGUUUACCAAAUUUUCUUACCCAUGGUGCUCCGCUAUAAGCUUGCUGCAUGUAUAAUAAAUGUAGGGGUUUGAAUGCAAAUCGUACCACAGCAUAAUUCAAGCUUCAGGCAUUCAAGGAUGCAUAGGACCUUUUGAUGUUGUGUUUGCCACUUAUUGACCCAGCAAGUUUUCCCUAUUUUAGUAAUUAAGCACUCAUGGUUUUAGCUGUCGGCUGCUGAAUGUAGUCUUUUCUUUUUUUCGUUAUAGAAGGUGCUCAAAGGUAUUAAGAAUAAAAACUAUUGCAAUAAGUUCAAGCGGUGUAUAGCUUCUUACUGAGUUGUGUCUUAUUUUUUAUACUCCCCUCCCACACAGAAAAAAAUACAAACCUAAUUACUCAUUUUCUAUAGUGAACGGCAAAACCUGUAUAUUUAAGCAGACCCCAUAUUAAAAGUUGCAUCCUAUGUUAAGCAGAUAAAUAGCUCAGUAUGUUUGAAAAGUUUCUAACCAUAUUUUCAGAAAAACAAAAAAAUGUUUUCAAAAAUAAAUGUAUCCAUACCCAUUUUAAAGGGUAUUUUCUUUGUGUUAAAAGGUUUCAACCAAUCAUAAGAGCUGCAAACAAUAGCCAACUGAAGAAAACUUUACAUUAAUUUUUUGUUCCUGGCAUGCCUGUUUUAUUCAGACUCAUGAGAAUUUGUCAUAAGGAUUCAUAUACAUGCUGCGGUGCAAAGUUUUCUUGAUUUUGCUGCCUAAACCAAUCAGAAGUAUAGUACAGACAAUAGUAAAGUGAGCACCUUUUUGCAUUUCAACAUGUUUAAACGUUGACUUUACUGAUAUUAAUGUUGCAUUCUAAUGCUCUUAAAGCCGAGUCUGCAGGCAGAGCAGGUUUGUGUAAUCUUUUGCUUUUAAGGCAUCCUGCACCAUGACACUCCAAUCUUUCCCUUUAAAUAAUCUAAUAACCUCACAUGUUGAUCUGCAUAUUAUGAUUGAUCAGGCCUCAUGCAACCACUAAGACAUCACAGGAAAUUGAGGCUGUUAUUAUCAGUUAAGCUGAUCUGUAUUUGAGCAUAUGACCUUCAUUGAGGGAGGCUUUAAGUUAAAAAUAACAGUAUCACAUUAAAAUAAAAAUCAAUAAGAACUUCCUUUGGUCACACCUUGACCUCUUAAUUAGGUCAAGUUUCUUUCAUUGGUGAGUUCAUCAAUUUAUGCACCUGCAUGGGUUGCAUUGAAAGAGACAUUCUGGAGCAAUAAAACAGUGUGUGACUGAAUCAGUGUAUCUAUUCGUGCCAUGGCUUGAAAGAGGCAAUGUCAAGGAAAGCAUCUAGAAGGAGACAAAUUAAUAUUAAUGUAGUGUGUAUGAUAACAUGUUUGUCACUCAGUUGGUCACACUCUUCCCGGUAUUCCUCAAAUUUCAAAUCCCAAAUGCGUUGGCAGCCACAUAGUUUAACAAAAGUAUAAAAAAUAAUAAAUAAAUAAGUGCUCCCGUGCCCCAAGAUAUAGAACUUGCACUGUUUGUCAGACUUGUACAUUAUUUUCCCCACUAUCAAUUCCGUGGCAAGGUCACGCAGACAUCUUAAAAGAGAAUUCAUGAUUGCUAGUAGUAUUGUUCCUUCAAUUCAACCUGUCAGAAAACAACAGAAAAGUUUGCAGACACUGAAAGACAUAUAGACUGCGAGCAGUCUCUCUUUUGCUUGAAAAUCUGUAAGCAAGAGUAUUUGAGCAGCGUAUUCGAAUUUGCGCCCUCACAAAUAAUCUUGCUUACAGAUUUUCGAGCUGAAGAGAGGGUCUAAAAGACACACAACCACACAACAUAAAUGAUGUACCAGUUUUAUGAAACCUUUACAUGUUGUAUUUUAUAUUAUAUCCUCAGGGAGGGAGCCAGCCUGGCAUAAGGACUCAGUUCUUCUCUCUUUACACCCUCACUCAUCCUUCUUUUUACCAUCUAUUUUUAUGCAUUAAAGGUUGUUAUAAAUAAAAAAAAAACCUGUGUAAUUGGAAUUGGGCGGGCAUCCACACAAACUUUGCUGCUUUCUGUUUAUUAGAGGUAUCCACUAAGUACAGAUUUGUUUUUCUUACAUUUUGGAAAGAAACGUUUUGCCACAUUUUGAGCUAUUCGACGGCUGAAUACAGAUAGGCUUUCACUGAGGAGGGGGGGUACAAGAAAUAAGACAUAAUUAUAAACAAGAAGCUAUACACAGCUUGAACUGAUUGCAGUAGUUUAUAUUCUUGACACUUUUUAGUGCUUUCUAUAGAGAAAACAAGAAAAGACUACAUUCAGCAGCCGACACCUAACACCAUGAGUGCUUACUAAACUAGGCAAAACUUGCUGGAUCAAUAAGUGGCAAACACAACAUCAAAAGGUCCUGUGCAUCCAAACCCCUACAUUUAUUAUGCAUGCAGCAAGCUUAUAUUAUUUAACACACACAACAAAUGUUUGGGUUGUAUGGAAAUCGUACCUAUACAUUGUGGUGCAGGAUCUGUAAAGGUUAAUUAUUACAGGUGUAUGAGGAAAAUAUGAGGAUAGGUAAAACCACAUAAAGUAAAUAAACUCCAGAUGAGAUUAUCAUACUGUCAUAUUUAUUUCAACACGGUUUGCAACAUGAAAAACCCAAAUAACCUUACACAAAUAAAGUUUUUACAAGCAAAAAUCGGUUUCAGGAUACACACUCAGUGAUCUUUGUAGUGUUUUAGCCUCGCGAGUAAAUAAUUCGUGAGUUCGUUGUUUUGCCAAUUUUUUAGAGUAAGAACCUUUCAGAAUUCGGCAAAAUCCUAGGGUCCACUCUUUUGAAGGUAUGAAAAGACUUCAAAGUUUCAAUCUUUUUUGCUCGAUGGAAUGUUGACAAUUACAGUUUAAUCGAGUAGAAGGGGUGUGUGAACUCAACAUUUCCUUUAAAGACAAAUUUUCUCCUGAAAUCAAAUUCAACUGACUUAUGAGAAAAAAAAUGAAAGCAAGUCUUAACGACAGCUCGACAUUUCAAUUCAACAGGACAGAGAAAACCACAGAGAAACGGCUCCUUACCUCAAGCAACCGGGCCACCAUUGUCUGCACUUACAAAGAACAGCACAAAUUAGCUGCACAAGAAACCUUUUUCCUUUAAGUUGGCGAGUCGACAGAUGAAAACAAAGCUCUACUUUUCUUCUAAGGAUUGAAAGUACAAUUUAAACUUCUGAAGAUUCCAUAUAACCCAUUAGGCUAUUGUUUCCGAUUUGAUUUGCAAUGUUUGAAAAUUAUGUAAAGAUCAAACCUAUUGUUUACCGAUUGCCACUGAUUUAGGAACAUUAACCUCCGCUUCUAUUAACCUCGUGUUCAAUAAAGAAUUGCUAAUUGUCCAUAAGAGAAGUGCGAAACAAAAUAUCAGUCAAGCAGGAAAAGGUGUGUUCCACAAGAUUCCCGGUCAUGUCCGUGACAAAACUACUGGAAACCUUUAUACGUUCUUCUCCUUCCUCUUUCAAUAGAAAAUACGUCCACGUGGUUGCUUGUACGGUCGUCUUUGUAGGGCCCGCGCAUUUUGUCUUCAAGGCUUAUCCGGGCUGCAAUGCUACUUGUCCUCUUUCCAGCUGUUCAAACAAAAACGAUGGUCACGCGGUCGCUUUAACCGAUUUCUACCGUUGCUUGGAAAGGACCCUUUUGUGUAGAAGUUUAUAGCAGUUUCUAUGGUAGGUCUUUUGUUGAAGAAGGCCAAUUUAUCAACUCCACAUCGUCCCUCCACUUGUGCCGCCAUUUUUUUAUUUGUUGACCCCGCCUCGCUUUGGCGCGCUGAAAUCGUGAAAGCGAGUCUUCGGGAAGUCAAUCAGUUUACCGGAAACUGUUUUCGCAUGGUCCGCAUAGUUCUAAAAAUAACUUUUUUGGGAUUAAGAUAUCCCGGCCAACGCUCUGAGUGUCCCUCUCUGUCCUAUUAUGGCUCUUGCCGGUAUGUAUAGUAUUUUAAAGGUAAGAAUUGAUUAGGGCAAGAUACACGGCUGUCAAAAAAAUAGAAAUUAAAAAAAAUAUCUUUGCAAGCUCAAAUAAACUUGAAACGAACUUCCGCUCGACCGAAUGUUGACAAUUACAAAUUGAAUAGAAGAGGUGGUUUCUGUGUAAACUCAACAUUUCCUUCAAAAGCGAAUUUUCCCCAGAAAUCAAAUUCAACUUGUGACAAAAAAUAAUUAAAAGCAAAUCUUUACGCAAUUUCGAGAUUUCAAUGUCAAGAAAACUACAGAGAAACGGCGCCUUACCUCGAGCAACCGGGCCACCAUUGUCUGCACUUAUUAAAGAACAACACAAAUUUGCUGCACAAGAACCCUUUUUCCCUAACUUGGCGAGUCGAUAGAUGAAAACAAAGCUCUUCUUUUCUUCACAGGCUGGGAAGCAGAAUUUAACGUUCUGGCUAUUCCAUAUAACCCAUUAUUAGGCCAUUGUUUGCGAAAGGAUUUUUAACUGCGAUUUGAUUUGCAAUGUUUGAAAAUUCUGUAAAGAUCAAACUGUUGCACAUACCGAUUUUCACACAUGAAUUGAUCCGUCAAAUCCGUCGAUCACAUUGAACUUAAAUGGUCUCCUUACUGAUUUUUAAUCUUGCUGAAUAGUGGCUUUAGGAAUAUUAAACUCGCCGCGAAUAUUCCGCUUCUAUUCACCUCGUGUUCAAGAAUAAUUGUUAAUUGUACAAUGUGAAGUACGGUACAAAAUAUCAGUCAAAACAGGGAAAGGUGUUUUCCACAUGAUUCCUGCUCAUGUCCUUGAGAAAAAUACGGGAAACCUUUAUACGUUUUUUUCCUUCCUCUUUCAACAGAAAAUACGUCCACACGGUCGCUUGUACGGUCGUCUUUGUAAGACCCGCGCAUUUUGUGUAAAACGCAACGCUACUUGUCCUCUUUCCAGCUGUUCCAACAAAAACGAUGGUCCACGCGGUCGCUUUAACUUUAUUUCUACCGUUUCUUGUAAACGAUCCGUUUGUGUAGAAGUUUUAACUAUUUUCUAUGGUAGGUUCUUCGUUGAAGAAGGACAAUUUAUCAAGUACACACCCUCCACAUUGUCCCUCCACUUUAGCAGCCAUUUUUUUUUUAUUUAUUGACCCCGCCUCGCUUUGGCGCACUGAAUCUUCCGGAAGUCAACCAGUUUACCGGAAACUGUUUCCGCAUGGUCCGCAUAGUUCUAAAAAUAACUUUUUUGGGAUUAAGAUAUCCCAAAGGCGUGACUGGGAGUGUCCCUCUCUGUCCUAUUAUGGCUCUUGAUACCGGUUAAUCCGUGUGCUGUAAAAGAUAGUUUUCUGAUGAUUGUUUGAAGAGCAUUAUAAAUGGGAAAAAAAGAAAGAACUUUCUACACUGAGUCAGGAUUCAACCUCAUCCCCAGGGCUUUCCCGCCCCUGCCAUUUUCUAAGAAGAAUGUCCUGGGGACGAGGCUAGGAGUGAUUGUGAUCGAGGUGUCGUUGACGUGUAUGAAAAGUAAUAAUAUAAUAAUUAAAAUUUAUAACGCUCCUUUUCCAUGCAAAUAUGAUCAAAAGCGCGUGACAACACGUAAAUGGUAAAAGAAAAUAAAAACUAAAAUGAGCAAAAUAAUUAAGGCUAAGAAUAAACAACGCUAAAAAUUAAAUAAAGAUAAAAAAACACUAAAUAUAUUACAUAGUAGGUAAAAAAUUUACAUAUCAAAAGCUAGUUUAAAAAGAUGCGUUUUUAGUAAAGAUUUAAAACGUUCAAAAUUGUCCUCAAGACGGAUGUGAAGGGGCAGAUUGUUCCAUAAAUUAGGGGCAGCAGAUGAAAAAGCACGAUCCCCUAAAGUCUUUUUUCAGUUUUAAACUAGGAUACUUUAAGAUAAGACCGCUAGCUGAACGGAGAUUAUAGCGCGGCUGUUCUUUAAUAGCAAUCAAAUCGAUCAAGUAACCAGGUGCAUGACCGUAGAUAGCUUUAAAAGUAAAAAGAAGUAUUUUAAAAUCAAUACGAAAUUUGACAGGAAGCCAAUGUAAUGCACAUAGUACCGGUGUUAAGAGACAUGUAUUUCAUUCUUGCAAUAAAAAUAAUUUUUUGAACUUAAACAGUGUUUAAAACAUGUCUCUGGUUUUGUAAAAAUUACUGAGACUUAAAAGUACCAUAAUGUUCAGUUCAACUUUAUAUAGCCGAUUUGCUCCCCUGUCGCAAGAAACUUGAAAAAAAAAACUUGACGCCGAAGGGACGAGAAGAGUACGAUUGAAAAGUCAGCAACCAUGUCCACACAUUUGCCGGAGAGGUUUAUUGGACAAGAUUUCUCUGUUUUUCUUAUUUUAAUAACGUUUUCAUUAAGUCUUCAAAAAUGCCUCCAGAUUGCUGUUUUUUUUUUUUUUUUGUAUUUAUACCCUCUUGAACAAUGUGCUUCAUCUCAUCUCUCCAUUUUUACCCUACUUUACCAUCCACCCCCUCUCCCCACUGUUCCACCUCUACUUUUACAAGCAUCUGUACUUAAGGGGGUGAAAUUUCUCCCGUGUAUAUUAAUUUCUGGAAAAUUAAGUCCUUCUACUUUUUCCUUAAAUUCUUAAACUUAGUUCUUUUUUCUUUAAGAACCGCCAACGAUACUGCUAGGGCUGCAAUAAGCGCACUCGCCCUUUUAUAUAUUUUAUCUGGUGAAAUGCCCACCCUUUCAUAUACCAGAAGCCUGAAAAAGAUACUCCUUUCGGGCGGAACCUCCCCAUAUAGGCCAUCAUAGGGAGUUCCCCCACCCCCGUUCCAAUUCCGUGCUCACCUAUUGCCAGCCCAUGUUGGACUCUAGGCCUGUUUGAGUCAACACGUAAACAUAGUCCUAAUAAGGCAAUGGACGAAAAUAACCAAUGUGAUGAACUUGAAUAUAAAUUGAACUUGACCAUAGAGAUCUGUUGCAAGAAGGCGAGGAGUUCGAAAGGCAAAAGCUUGUUGCAGAAAUCGCUGAAGAAUUGAGACCACAACACCGUUAAUCAGAAGCUUUCAACCUAUGUGUAUGUCAAAGGAAGAACAACUUAGUCAGUUCAACGUGGUAAUGCUAGAAAAAUCUUGUGUCACUUUGAAAUACCAUUCAAAUCUAGGGAAAGAAAAGGAGACCUAUAGUUAGCUAGGGAUCUAGGAAAUGUGUAUGUUGCUUAAAGGACUUUGCAGGUUUGGUCCUGUGGUGUCGCACGGUAUUUCUGAAAUUGUUUGUGAGCUAUUUUCAAAAUAUUAAUUGUUAAUUCUGUAAUUGAAAAUAUUGUGCUAGUGGUCGUGAAUAAGAGUGGCCGUGUCCAAAUGACUACUUUGUAGCCAAUUGUCGUGUAUUACCACGAGUUGUCAAAACCCUAUCCUAGUGGCGCCCGGGGAUACUGACUCAGUUAAAACGGUCGUGGAAUGAAUAAAUACAACAGCACGGUAUUUCCCACCCAGUAAAGAAUCGGAAUUAACAGUGUUUAACUUUAAUGAUCAUCAAUAACUAUCACUUCAACAAAGAUAUAAUCAGAUAAAAGAACUGAUCGAUACACGGCCACUCUCGGGGAAUGCGUGACGGGCAGCAGUAAUUAAAUUAUUUUAAUUCGCGUAAACAUAUCCUCUUCUGCUGCUUCUUCCUCGUAAAAGAAACAGACCUAAGGGAUUUUAAGUCAUAUAUCGUUCGUGUUUUUCCGUGGAAAGAAGAGAUAUUUUCCCUUAAAAAUGUGAAAUACAAGCAGCUAUGUUUCCUGUCAAUUUGUUGAAACGACGCAUCUAAGGCUAAUUUGCAUACGGAGAAUGAAGUCACCUUUGUGAUCGUCGACAAGGAAAAAAACCAUGAAAAAGCGAUUAGCAAGUUUUCUCCACAUGUUUUCAAAAGUCCAACAUUUAAAGGGUCUAAUGACAUUUGGUGAUAACUAGAAACGUUAAAACUGUGGACAGACUAUCUUGGACUAUCGGACUACCUUGUGCUAAUUGUGCGUACGCAUAAUUAGCACAAGAUAGUCCGCUGUUCACGAGAACAGUUUACCAAAUCCUUUUUCGGAUUUCCCAAUCGAACGACAAAAAGGGAAAUCCAAAAAAUCCGGAUUUGGAUUCCUUAAUUGAAAUCCACCGUGAGGAAGGAUUUCUUGGAGGUGAAAUCCGUUUUCGGAUUUCGCGUUCGAUUGGGAAAUCCGGAUUUAGAUUUUCAAAAUCUAAAUCCGGAUUUCCCAAUCGAACGCACCCCUAAUUUUUCAUAAGUACGUUAUGUUGCUAAUUAUGAAAUGUUCGCCGAAAGCCGCUCUGUCGAACGGCAUAUGUCUACAUAGUGAAAAGAAGUGAAGUGAAUACUUUACUUAAAGAGGGUAAGAGUUGAUAGUUGUAAAAUGAACUGAUAAACUAGAGGUCCUCAAUACUGGUUAUAUAUGUAGAUUUCUUUCUGACCCAACGUACUGGUUUGCAAGUCGAAAUUUCCAAACUCUUAUCAUUUCAUAGUAAACACUUCUUCCCCUCUCUCUUAUACGCAGACACCUCCCUUAAACCUCCUUAAGUACUUUCCGAGAAGUGUUGGUCCCUGCCGUUCUUUUUAAGAAAAACAAUUAAAAUUGUUUUUCUUGACUUUUUAUAAGGAGAGUAGUAUAGAAUGCACAGGUUAGACAGGUUUUUGAAGUGAAAUCUCAUUAGUAUGAAGUGGAGCAAAUAAAUGUCGAUGACGUCUUUAUCUCAUAAAUAAAAUGCGGUAGAAUCUCAUCAAGAUAACGUCAAGAGUUAUACGAGCUAUUUUUAUGUAGUUUCUAGCAUAACCAGUUAUUCUUAAACUGAUAAUGUAACUUGCGGGGAUCAUGUUCUUAUUUGGUGAGAAUGCUAUCAUAGUUUAUUUCAUUGUCCAUUGGAGACAACCUAUUGUCUUGGUUCCGGUUCACUACUUAGGUGGACAAAUCUCCUUUAAUUCCGAUAUCAGCGGGGUCUGCCUUACAGAGCUGACAGCGCAGGUGCCUGAAUAUAUACCUUCUACAAAAGCACUCUACCUUUUUCUCAAUAAACUACAGUAUUUUCUCUCUUUCUCACAGCCGGAUGGGACAGAACUUUUUCAUUUUGUUGAUGGAUAUCCAUCUUGGGAUGCCUACCUCACAAGCAUGAUGGUAGAUGGUACAUGGGGUGAUCACGUGAUUCUACACGGCGCGGCAAACUUUUUUCAAACCUGCAUCCACGUGAUCAGCAGUCUUCCGCAUCGCCAUGACGUAAUGAUCUGCCCAGAGUUUGAUGUUAGUGGUAGCAACCGGCUUGUGCUGGGUCACGUGCACGAGCUUCACUAUGUUAGCCUUAUUCCACAUGACGAAAGUAAAGGUGUCUGA